AUGGCUUCCACGGUAGCUUCGGGUUUAACCGCGGAAGCUCCUGAGUUUCACCCCACCAACCAUGUUCAAAAACUUCACCCUCCAUACCUCACUUUCACUCCCCUCAGACAUCAACCUUCUUACCCUUUUUUCUAUUACUACUAUCCCACUGCCUCAAAACAUCAUUUUCACUCCUUUUGCUUUCAUGCUAACCACCCUCUCACCACCGCAACUCCCGCUUUUCCACCAUCCAGUGGUAUGAAAAAUGAAAUAGCGGUGGAGGCGCAAUCUUCGGAGAGUAAUGAUGGAGAAAUAGAAGACCGUCGUUCUCACAGGUUGAGAAUCCCACGGCUUGAGUGGAGGAAGAAAGGAGGAGAUGAUGCUGAAAAAUACCCUAAACUUAAGAAUGAGAGUUUCAGAAGGAAUCAUCACAAAGAAUAUGUUAAUAUCCAACAACAACACUCUAGGGCUUCCACCGACUGGAAGAAUAAAGCAAGUAUUUUUCCCGUGGUUCCGGUUCGUCCCGAUGGAGAUGAAACAACUGUUAUGAUAAAGAACAUUCCUAGCAAAUACACUCGAGACAUGAUAGUCAAGUUCUUGGAGAACCAUUGCAUGGUUGAAAAUGCUAAAGAUAAAGAAAAUGGACAAGAAAACACUUUCGCCAUUGACUUUGUUUACUUGCCAAUAGAUUUCAGAACUGGUUUAAACAAAGGAUAUGCUUUUGUAAAUUUCACAAAGCCUAGUGCAGCUUGGAGAUUUCUUGUGACAGCUUCGAAUCAGAAAUGGGAAUUGUUCCUUUCCCACAAGAUACGUGAUGUCGUUGCCGCACGCCUCCAGGGAAAGGAGAAGCUGGAGAAGCAUUUCGUUAGUGUAAAUUUUCCCUGUGAGUCCGAGGAAGUUCUCCCUCUGUGCUUUAGUCCACCUCGGGAUGGUGUGAUCAAAGGAAACCAGAGGACAUUGGGGAGGCUUCUCUAUAAGUCUCGGUAG